GCCACCACCACCAGCCACCUACUCCAAUAUUAUUAUAUUUAACUGUCACUUCUGACCAUUAACCUUACUUUCUAACAUUAGGUAUUGCAUCAGAAAAUUUUUUCAUUUAUUUUUAUAAUCAAUUCACACUUUCAAUGAUGAAGGAAAAUUCGACUGCACCGAAAAAUGAAAAAAAGGAGAAGGUUGGUGCAGAUGGUCUUACAAAGAAAGAGAGGAGAGCAUUGAAAGUUGCUGAAAAAGGUGCACCAGAUACACCUAAUGUCAAGGAUGUAAAGAAGCAGCCGGCUGUUCAGAAGCCUAGUAAUAUUUCUGAUGCUAGUGUAUCGAAGAAAGAACGAAGAGCACUUAAAGUAAAUCAAAAGGCACCAAACAAUAUAUCAGCAAAACCUACAGAAGUCACAAAAGAGGAGAGUAAAGAAGCUGAUGUCAAUGAAGGUAAAUCAAAAGCAUUGUUAAGAGCUGAAAGAAGGGAAAUUCAGGAAAAGCAACGACUUGCAAAGUUAGCUGCAAAAGAAAAUAGUCUGAAAAAGGAUGCUGAACCUUCAGGUGAUACUAAAAAUAAAAUUAAACCAGUGUCAAGGUCACCUAGGAAAUACAAAAAAGAAUUACCCAAGGAGUCUCAGAAAAAAGUGAGACUCUUCAAUCACUUGUACUGUGAGACUCUUAAUAAUAGAGGUACAUGUAUUAUUAACAAUGUGCAUCCCACUUUCAUUGCAUUGGGAGAACAAUAUUCAUCAAAAACAAUUAUAGGUUCAAAUGCGCGGUGUUUGGCACUGCUUGCAGCUUUGAAAGAUUUAAUUAGGGAUUUCGUAACGCCCCCAAAGCAAGAACUUUGCAGAUCUUUGGAAUCUUCUCUAAACGAAAGUGUUAAACAUUUACAAAAGUGUCGAAAGUUUGCUGUUUCCAUGAACAACGCAAUUAGGCAUUUUAAAGUGCAUUUAACGCAGUUGAAUAGCACAGAUCUUUCAGAUGCUGACAAAAAAUGCAAAUUGCAAGACGUUGUUGAUGUUUAUGUCAGUAAUGAAAUUUUCACUGCUGCCACUUCUAUCAGCGAUCAGGUCAAGGCGAAAAUAUCCAAUAACGAUGUUAUCGUUACUUACGGAUGUUCAUCGUUGAUUAAGAAAAUUUUGAUCGACUCCCAUCAAGACAAGAAGUUUAAAGUAGUUGUCAUUGAGGGACGAGGUCUUUUAGAGGGAAGAGAAAUGUUGAGACAGCUAGUAAAUGCGGGAAUUGAUUGUAGUUACUGCUUGAUAAAUUCGGCUACUUUUGUAAUGAACAAAGCUAAUAAAGUACUACUAGGUGCCCAUUCUUUGCUCGCCAAUGGAUCGGUUAUGGCUAGAAAUGGUAGCGCACAAAUUGCGCUCAUUGCCCACUCUCAUAAUAAGCCAGUUUUGGUUUGCUGCGAAACUUACAAAUUUUGUGAAAGGGUACAAGUUGAUAGUAUUGUUUACAAUGAAUUAGGUGAUCCAAACAAGAUUCUGAACAUUGAUACGGCCGAAGAAGAAAGCCCGCUACGAUCGGUUUCAUCGAAAACACCACCAGAAUCUGUAAAUUUAAUGUAUGACGUUACACCGCCAGACUUCGUCACGGCCGUAGUGACGGAAUUAGGAUUUUUACCUUGCACCAGUGUUCCAGUAGUACUCAGGAUCAAACCAGUAAAAGAAUAACAAGAAUAAACG